ACAUUUUUUUAUUAUAUUUUAUAAUUGAAAUAAUUAUGAGUACUGAAGAAAAAUAUAAAGAUUUAUUGUCUACAAGUAUUUUUAAUAAAAAUUACACUGCAUAUAAGUCUCAAUUUAUAGGAAUUGAUGAUAAACCUUAUGAAACAAAAUGUGUUCUGUGUGAUAUAAAAUUUAUACUUCCUAAAAAUGAAAAAGAAUUCUUAACUCAUUUAUUUAAAAAGCAUCGACUUGUAAUAGCAGAUGUUUGGAAUAUUGCAAGUCUGAAAAGCUAUGUACAUUAUUGGAGUGUUAAAUUUAAAGAAGAGCCUUUGACUAAAUUCUGUACAACAAUGUUAAUGGAUUGCACUCCAGAUGGAAAACCAAGCAAAAAUGAAAGAUAUUUUUUACUUUCUGAUUGUAUAUCAGAAGAUAAAAUUUUAAGAGAUGAAAUACAUCAAGCAAAAUUGGAAUGGAUUUUAUCAGAACAAACAAGAGAAAGAACAGAUACUAAUUUUAAACGUGGUUGUAUUUUUUGUCGAAUGGAAUUUUCAGGAUUACGUAUUACAUAUAUAAAACAUUUAGCUCAAAAACAUAAUUUAUAUCUUGGUAAACCAGAUAAUUUGGUAUUUAUAGAUGAAUUUUUGGAUAAAAUUCAAACAACUAUUGAUAAUUUGAUAUGCAUAUAUUGUGAAAAAUUAUUUAAAGAUCGAACAGUUUUAAAAGAACAUAUGCGAAAAAAACUACAUAAAAGAAUAAAUCCUAAUAACAAGGAAUAUGAUAAAUUUUAUAUAAAUAAUUAUUUAGAACCUGGAAAAUCAUUAAAAUCUAAACAAGUGAAAGUAGUUAAUUAUAUCAAAAGGCAAAUUCAUUUACAAAAAUGUGUUUUUUGUGAAAUGAAAGUAGAUAAUAUUUUAGAACAUAUGAAAAAAGAAAAUCAUUUUAAAAUACCUUCUCCAAAAACGUGGGAUCAACCAGAGUUUUAUUUUCCUAUGCAUGAGAAUGAAUCCUUUUUAUAUAAUUUAGACACAAGUAGUACUAGUGAUGAAGAAAAUGAUUUUGAAAAUAUUACAGAAGCAACGUAUGAAACAGUAAUAAAAACUAAGUAAUAAAAGCUUUCCAAAAUAUAAAAAAAUAUUACAGGUUUUAUUUACUGUAUUAAAGGAUGAAUUUAGCAAUAAUAUUAUAAACAUUAAUUGAAUUAUAUCUUGAAG